AUGAAAGCAAUCAUUCAUUCAUCCAUUCCGACCAAAGCAAAGCACGCAUUAUCAACAGCACGUUCUCAAUCGUCUUUGCCAUGCUCCUCUUCAAUAUUGCUCAAGCACAAUAGUAACAAGGGUAUACAACGAAAGUUUUCACAAUACAUUCAUCCAUUCGAUCUUAACUCGGCUACAACACAGUCAUCACCAUCCACGAAUACAAUUACCUCUUCUCCAGUUGCCAAUAAAUUGGAUCCAUCCAUCAAAUUGGACAAGAAGGUCCGAGGAAUUUAUUUUGAUUUUGGUGCUACCACCAUGAUGGAUCCUCGAGUACUGGAUUCCAUGAUGCCCUUCUUGACUGAAGUUUAUGGUAAUCCUCACUCCCGAACACAUGAAUAUGGGUGGGAUUCCGAGAGUGCUGUAGAAUUAGCAAGAAAACACGUUGCAGACUUAAUCGGAGCAUCUCCGAAAGAAAUUGUGUUCACGAGCGGAGCAACGGAAUCAAAUAACACAGCCCUCAAAGGCGUUGCUAGUUUUUACAAAGACAAGAAAAGACAUAUCAUUACGGUGCAAACCGAACACAAGUGUGUUUUGGAUACAUGUAGACAUUUAGAAGAGGACGGAUUUAGAGUUACAUAUUUACCAGUUCAGAGCAAUGGAAUUGUCGAUUUGGAAGCACUCGAAAAAGCCAUUACUCCCGAUACAGCUCUAGUCAGUGUCAUGAUGGUUAACAACGAAAUUGGAGUGAUUCAACCUAUCAAGGAGAUUGGUAAAAUUUGUCGAAAACACAAAGUCUUUUUGCACACUGACUGUGCUCAAGCUUUUGGAAAAAUUCCAAUCAAUGUUGAUGAUAUGAAUAUUGAUUUAAUGUCCAUUAGCGGCCACAAGAUUUAUGGACCAAAGGGCAUUGGUGCUUUAUACGUUCGAAGAAAGCAACCAAGAGUGAGAAUUCAUCCAAUUAUUAAUGGAGGCGGCCAAGAAGGUGGCAGACGAUCUGGUACUCUUCCAACACCGUUAUGUGUAGGAUUGGGCGAGGCAGCAAGAGUGGCAGCUGAAGAAAUGGAUAGAGACUACCAACAUGUUUCCGAAUUGUCACAACGUUUAAUUAACAAUUUAAGAGCCAAAUGUGAACACAUUGAACUCAAUGGUGACGAGAAACAAAGAUAUCCAGGAAAUGUUAAUAUUAGUUUUGCCUUUGUUGAAGGAGAAAGCUUACUAAUGGCAUUGAAUUCUGUGGCAUUGUCAUCUGGAAGUGCAUGCACAAGUGCUUCGUUGGAACCAAGCUAUGUUUUGCGUGCUUUGGGUGUGAAUGAAGAAUUGGCUCAUACUUCACUUCGUUUUGGUAUAGGUAGAUUUACCACCAAGGAAGAAGUUGAUUAUGUCGUAGAGAGAACUGCUUCAGAAGUGAUUCGAUUGAGAGAAGUGAGUCCUCUCUAUGAAAUGUUCAAAGAGGGUAUUGAUUUAUCAAAGAUCACAUGGAAUGAACACUAA